AUGUCUCAAUCCACUACCUCUGCAGACAACAACCCAUCCCGCGUUGAGAACGUCUCUCCGGAGCCGGAUAGAUCGACCCGAUCUGGCACGCCCUUGAGCCCGCUGUCAGAAGAGUUAUUCGGCGAUAUCUUGGAUACAGAGCCAGGAGUCAAUUAUAUCCUAGGUCCCGACUCUUGGGAUGAGCUGGAAGAAGAUGAGUGCUCACCCUUAGUCGCCUUGACCCGACUCAAAGCUAGCCGUCGGACUGCACAGAAGAUAGCCACGGUUCCCUCGUCCGACCCUCCCGCUUUGCAAUCUACAAAUUCAAGCCCCUCGUCGAGAUUCUACAGCGACCCGAGAUCAGGACGCGUUCGUACUGCAGCACCGGCUACGAAAAUCAAUAGCGAUAAAUCGUCUUCCGCCAAGACAGGACUAUCCCAUGGCGGUGGCAAGAUAUCCAGUAACAAGGUGCUCCAAGGCGCGAAGUUGUUCCUUUCAUUUCCAUUAUUCUGCUCUCGCGAUCAAGUAAUGCAGAACCGAGGCGGAUAUACUGGAGUCGCGGUGGAUCUGAUCAAAGACUUCGAGCGCCACGUUAACAAUGUUCGAGCUCCCAUCCACCUCGCCGAACCAAUCUUCACCUGCUUGUCUCAAGCCCGCCACAUAUUCGAGGUCACAAUGGAUACUAUAACCCGACUCGAAGUUGGCGACGGCACCGGCAAGAAGAAGAUCCUGAAAGAGCUGGUGCUGGCGCGGUACUUCAUGCCAUCGGCAGAACACGAAGACAAGUACGUUGAGAUUCAUGCCAAGGAUGUCGGCCCAACCAACCCUGCUCUUGCCUACGUUGGAGCAACCGCGAAAUCGAUCCCUCGUUUAACUUACACCUGCGCUUGUGGGAAGAAGUCUGAGGAAUUGGCUCACGUUUCUCCGAGAAAGAUCACGUUUCUAAAGAACUACCGGAAGGGAUUUACCUUCACAGGACAGCAGGCGAGAGAGGUUACUGGCGAGUGGUUGGUUGGUGGUGAGAGUCGGGAGUGGGGCAUGCCGUUGAGGGAUGCGAAGGUUAUCUGGACAUUGGAGGCACAAUCAGAUGGACUUUGA